UGAACGGAUUCAACUCGUGCUUUGAAUGCUACUGGUCCUAAAAUGCACACUAGCGUACUAUAAAGUGCGGUGAGACGCUCCGUCACUGCUGAAUGCGCACUAUUCCUUCAUACUACUAAGUAGGCUAGUGUGCAGUUUGUGCUUGUUGGUCAAAACAAGUACGGAAGAUGGCGACGGACGGAGGCACUGACAGCGGCUCGCACAGCAUGGAUAAAAGCAUAACCCUUCCUCCGGAUGAAAUAUUUCGGAAUUUGGAAAAUGCCAAGAGGUUCGCAAUAGAUAUAGGUGGCUCGCUGACAAAACUGGCGUAUUACUCCACCGUACAGCACAAAGUGGCCAGAGUGAGGUCAUGCGAUCAUACGGCCAAGACAAGCAUUCAGAACGAAGCAGACGGAGAGCCGCUGUACGAGAUCUCGGUCCAGGAGGAGAUCACGGCUAGGCUCCACUUCAUCAAGUUCGAGAACCGCUACAUUGAAACCUGCCUGGAUUUUAUCAAAGACCACCUGGUGAACACGGAAACCAAAGUUAUCAAGGCUACAGGAGGCGGAGCGUACAAGUUCAAAGAUCUGAUCGAGAAGAAGUUAAAACUCAAAGUGGACAAAGAGGACGAGAUGUCGUGUCUUAUCAAGGGCUGUAAUUUUGUUCUGAAGAAUAUCCCUCAUGAGGCUUUUGUUUACGCGAAACAUGCUGACCCUGAGUUUCGCUUCCAGAACACACACCCAGACAUCUUCCCUUAUCUUUUGGUUAAUAUCGGCUCUGGAGUUUCCAUCGUCAAGGUUGAAUCGGAGGACAAAUUCGAGCGCAUCGGCGGAAGCUCCAUCGGCGGUGGGACGUUCUGGGGUCUUGGAGCUUUGCUUACAAAAACCAAGAGAUUCGAUGAGCUUUUACAGUUGGCCUCCAAGGGACAGCACACCAGCGUGGACAUGUUGGUUAAGGACAUCUACGGAGGAGGGUCCGUGUCUUUGGGACUGCCGGGAUACCUUAUAGCGAGCAGCUUUGGGAAAUCUGCCACCACCGAUAAAGAGUUCUCCAAAGAAGACAUGGCUAAGAGCCUGCUGCACAUGAUCAGUAACGAUAUCGGUCAGCUAGCGUGUCUCUACGCCCGAUCGCACAACCUCACCCGAGUUUACUUCGGCGGAUUCUUCAUCCGAGGUCACCCAGUAACCAUGCACACCAUCACCUACAGCAUCAACUUCUUCUCCAAGGGUGAAGUUCAGGCUUUGUUUCUAAGACACGAAGGUUACCUGGGUACUAUAGGGGCAUUUCUGAAGGGUGCAGAAGAAGACAAUCCUAAUCAGUACAGCUGGGAGGAAAACUACGCCGGCAGUUCCGGCCUCAUGAGCGUGUCUCCGGAUGUGAAUCCUAUGCAGCGAGCACGAAGCGGCACGUUUCCUUUUGACAUGUUGGAGAUGGAUCGUUUGGAGAGGCAGCUGGUGAACUUGCCGCUCCUGCAGGACCCUUCGUCUUACAUCCCCGACACUGUGGACCUCACAGAGGACGCUCUGGCUAGAGAAUACUGGCUCUACUGUUUUGAAGAUGCACUGGAUGGGGUGGUGAAGCGAGCUGUGGCCAGUCAGAAAGACCAGCCUGAGGCCACAGAGAGGGCAGAGAAGUUUCGCCAGAAGUACAGACACAAGCUACAGACGUUACGCCAUCAGCCAUUCGCUUACGGAUCGCUCACUGUUCGGAGUCUGCUCGACACCAGGGAACAUUGUCUGAACGAGUUCAACUUUCCUGACCCUUAUUCUAAGAUCAAGCAGAAGGAGAACGACAUGGCGCUGAAGUACUACCAGAAAGUGGUGCAGUCUCUGGAGGAGCUGAACUGGGAGCAGAGGCAGUUCACUCUGGUCCGAGGCCUGCUGGCGGGCAACGUGUUCGACUGGGGAGCCAAAGCUGUGUCCGACAUUCUGGAGACCGAUCCGCAGUUCGGGUUCGAACAGGCAAAGCAGCAGCUGCAAGAGCGUCCGUGGCUUGUAGAUGCCUAUAACCAGUGGAUUGAAAGAUUGAAGGGUCCUCCUCAUAAAUGUGCGUUGUUUUUCGUAGAUAAUAGUGGAGUGGACAUUAUUCUAGGUGUUUUCCCCUUUGUAAGAGAACUUCUUAUUCGAGGCACAGAGGUUGUUCUCGCGAGUAACUCGAGUCCUGCACUGAAUGACGUGACUAACAGCGAGCUGCAGAUCGUCACUGAGAGAAUAGCUGCUAUGGAUCCUGUCAUUCAAGCCGGAGUAAAAGAGGACAGACUGACGUUAGUUCAGAGCGGAUCCAGUUCUCCCUGUUUGGACUUGAGUCGACUGGACAAAGUCCUGGCCACGGUGGUGCGAGAGCGCGGCACGGACCUGGUGAUCAUCGAAGGCAUGGGUCGUGCCAUCCAUACCAAUUACUACGCCAUGCUGAACUGCGAAAGCCUCAAGCUGGCCGUCAUCAAGAACUCGUGGCUGGCCGAGCGACUCGGCGGCAAGAUCUUCAGCGUGGUCUUUAAGUACGAAGUUCCCUCCAAAACUCAAGGGCAACAUUAACAGCCCGUUUCUGACGUUCACUCGUCUCAGUCGGGAGGAUGGGACAGGACACGGCACGGUGAGACCCGCACGCCACACGCCUCCAGGACGUGCCGUCACGUUUGUGCCUCUCUGCCACGUCUUUCAGAUUGACACGACGAUUGUAUACACGAGGGCAGAUUUUUUUUUUUCUUUUUUUUUUUUCUUCCCCUAGUCAAUAAUAAUAAUAUUAUUAAUUCUAAUAAUCGUGUCCCACUCGUCGCAUGUUCACCUCUGCUCUGAAAUCUAGUGCUUUUCAAACAGCCGGUUUAUCCGGAUGGUGGGGAGUCGGGGCAGGGGAUUGUCUCAGUGGCAAACGUCAAUAAUAAUAAAAAAAAGCACUAUAAAAUUGGUUAUUUUUCCCAAAGCACAGAUAUAAACUAUUAACAGGCUUUUGUAGGUUCGGAUAGAGAUUUGUGAGCAGGUUGUUGUUCUCUCUCGGUUCAGACGUUCACUCGUUUGAAGUAAAAAUCCUAAAACAUUACAGGGCUAAUCGUGAUUUAUUUAUUUAUUUUUGUUAGAUGACAUUUAACGUGACGUAACGUAUACAUAUGUGCCUUGAGUCAAUAUGGUGAUCUGUUUGAAAUGACGGUGCACCACAAAGUGUGUGUAUGUGUGUGUUUGUGUCUGUAUGUGUGUGUGUGUGUGUGUGUGUGAGAUAAGUCAGAGAAGCAAUACUCCAGCACGCUUUUUUCCAAGCCGGUCUCUCUGCAGUCCAUCUGUGUAGAACAACGUUAACAUGUUUACCUGCAUUGAAGUGAAAAAUAAACCACAUUCUAUUUAAAUGGACACUUUUACAUUGUUUACAGCGCACUUGAAGUUCGAUCGUAGAUUAACUUGCACAGAGACUUCGGUCGUAAAUCUUAUUAAACAACCUAAACACGUCGAACGUUUCGACGACUUCGGCCACGCCGAAGCUUCCUGAGAGGAGACGUUUCGUUUACGAAAGGAGUCUCUCGUGUGUUUUUGUUUUUGACACGACAACCUGAUUUUUUUUUUUCCUUCGUUAAAUUGUCCAAUAGAGAUAAAAAAAACCCACCAUUAACUUUAAGAGGGAGGCAAACUUUUGCUGUCAACAGGAAAUUUCACGAAAAGGUUUAUUAAUUGCCCCAUCAGCUGCACUUACAUGUUUAUUUUUGGAGUUCGGUGGAAAGUUUUUUUUUCUUCAAUACAGGGAAAAAGCGUACAGAUGCUGUGAAUAGAGAUUUAAAAAAAAAAAACUGUGGAGUAUUCCUUAAAUUCAUUAUGUUCACUCACUGCCAUUCAGGAAUAGCUACUAAGAUAUGUUGUGCUAUAAUAAAUGAAAAAUAAAAGAAAAGAACAGAACAGAAAAAAAAACCUUUGUUUCUACAGUAUACCACAUUUUCCUGCGCUACCACUAGCCACCACGAGGUGUCAGUAUUGUAUCAUUAAAAUCCAGCUCUGUCCAUCACUCAGCUCAUUUUCUAUGUAGCCUCAAUGCAAAUUAUAGUUUUCUCUUUAUUUUAUUUCUACACGCCAUCUUAUAUUUUUGCUAAAACAGUUUUAAUGCUUGUUUUCUCAGUCUAAAUCCUCUUCGGAGUUGUUGAGGAAACCGUGGCUCAUCUGACUCAGCUGUUCAGGGUCAUUUGUCCCACGACAAAACGUAUAAAUGAAAACGUUUUGCACAGAAUCACACACUUAUGCAAAAGGGCUGUUGUGUAAAUGCCUGGCAGUUUACGGCAAGAAUCGUCUCUAUUAUGUGAGGACGGGAGAAAUUUCAGCGCAAGCUUUGGUUAUAGAAUCAUAAAUCCUGUACAGGAAUUAAUUACAAUCAUUUAGUUUUGUUGCUGUAUUUUUAUUAUUAUUAUUAUUAUCAUUAUUAUUGAUAAUCACUGUUUGCUUUAUAUACAAAGAUGUAAAUCGGGUAGGAAGUCAGCGAUCGCAAUAACGUUGGAAAUUAAGAGUUGCACAAAAUGCGAAUGUAUGAAUGUGUUCUUUUAGUCGGAGGAAUUAGUCGACAAAUCUAAGACCAAAGCCGUUAGGAUCGUCCUCUUGAUUACUUCCCCACCCCAACCCUCCAUGUGUCCAAAUACAUCUUUAGAUUUUGUAAAGUCGUGGAUAUGUAAAUACAAUGUAAGUGUGUACAUAAGUGUUGCGUUCCUUAUGGCAUUUCUGAGAUGCACAGUAUUUUAGCUAAAAGAAAUAUAUCUACUUUCUCUUGACAAUCACAUGGAAAUCGAUGUUAAAUAUAUUUUGCAAUGUCUUCACACAGUAA